ACUAUGGCGGAGUCGGCCGGAGCCUCCUCUUUUUUCCCCCUUGUUGUCCUCCUGCUCGCCGGCAGCGGCGGGUCCGGGCCCCGGGGAAUCCAGGCUCUGCUGUGUGCAUGCACCAGCUGCCUGCAGGCCAACUACACAUGUGAGACAGAUGGGGCCUGCAUGGUUUCCAUCUUCAACCUAGAUGGGAUGGAGCAUCAUGUGCGCACCUGCAUCCCCAAAGUGGAGCUGGUCCCUGCCGGGAAGCCCUUCUACUGUCUGAGCUCAGAGGAUCUUCGCAACACCCACUGCUGCUAUUCUGACUUCUGCAACAAGAUUGACCUCAGGGUGCCCAGUGGUCACCUCAAGGAGCCUGAGCACCCUUCCAUGUGGGGCCCUGUGGAGCUGGUAGGCAUCAUUGCCGGCCCAGUCUUCCUCCUGUUCCUCAUCAUCAUCAUUGUCUUCCUUGUCAUUAACUAUCAUCAGCGUGUCUAUCACAACCGCCAGAGACUGGACAUGGAAGAUCCUUCCUGUGAGAUGUGUCUCUCCAAAGACAAGACGCUCCAGGAUCUUGUCUACGAUCUCUCCACGUCAGGGUCUGGCUCAGGGUUACCCCUUUUUGUCCAGCGCACAGUGGCCCGAACUAUCGUUUUACAGGAGAUUAUUGGCAAGGGCCGGUUUGGGGAAGUGUGGCGUGGCCGCUGGAGGGGAGGUGAUGUGGCUGUGAAAAUUUUCUCUUCUCGUGAGGAACGAUCCUGGUUUCGGGAAGCAGAGAUAUAUCAGACAGUUAUGCUACGCCAUGAAAACAUCCUUGGAUUUAUUGCUGCCGAUAAUAAAGAUAAUGGCACCUGGACACAGCUAUGGCUUGUCUCUGACUAUCAUGAGCAUGGCUCCCUGUUUGAUUAUCUGAACCGCUACACAGUAACCAUUGAGGGUAUGAUUAAGCUGGCCCUGUCUGCAGCCAGUGGGCUGGCACACUUGCACAUGGAGAUCGUGGGCACUCAAGGGAAGCCUGGAAUUGCUCAUCGAGACUUAAAGUCAAAGAACAUCCUAGUGAAGAAAAAUGGCAUGUGUGCCAUCGCAGACCUGGGCCUGGCGGUCCGUCAUGAUGCAGUCACUGACACCAUUGACAUUGCCCCAAAUCAGAGGGUGGGAACAAAAAGGUACAUGGCUCCUGAAGUGCUCGAUGAAACCAUUAACAUGAAGCACUUCGACUCCUUUAAAUGCGCUGACAUCUACGCCCUUGGCCUGGUGUACUGGGAGAUCGCAAGAAGAUGCAAUUCUGGAGGAGUCCAUGAAGACUAUCAGCUGCCAUAUUACGACUUAGUGCCCUCUGACCCUUCCAUUGAGGAAAUGCGAAAGGUCGUCUGUGACCAGAAGCUCCGCCCCAACAUCCCCAACUGGUGGCAGAGUUAUGAGGCUUUACGGGUGAUGGGGAAGAUGAUGCGAGAGUGCUGGUAUGCCAAUGGCGCAGCCCGCCUGACUGCGUUGCGCAUCAAGAAGACCCUCUCACAGCUCAGCGUGCAGGAAGAUGUGAAGAUCUAACCUGCUUCUGACCGCUACACGCAACCUGGGCAGCGAGGACAACACACAGCUGCUGUGUUGAACGUACGGUGGAGGUCUACCUCUCGUUUCUGCCCAGCCCUCUGUGACCAGAGCCCUGGUCUGCAAGAGGGACAGAGCCCGGGAGACUCGCUCACUCCCAUGUUGGGUUUGAGACACAGACACCUUUUAUACUUACCUCCUGAUGGCAUGGAGACUCUGAGAGCAAAUUGUGUGAACUCAAUGCCACAACUUGAACUGAUUGCAGUGGGAAGUCCACAAAACCCGGUGCAUCUGACACAUAGCCAGGAGUGGUGAAAGGAUGGCCUGGGAGGGGCCAGAAGGAGCCACAUGUGGCAAGUGCUAAGCAGCACUGUGGGUUUUCCUCCAGGGACCAGCCGGCAGUGUGCCAAAGUGUCCAGGGGAACCGGAAGUACAGCCCCUCUCACAGGCAGCUCUGAGCCACGCACUCCCCUCCUCACACAGAUGUCUGGAGGGACUGCCAGUGGAGACACCUGCUGCCUGUUUGUCCAGCCGUGUGUGCAUGUGCCGAGGUGCGUCCCCGUUGUGCCUGGUCUGUGCCACGCCCUUACACGUGUGUGUAUGUGUGUGUCUGUAAGUGCGCACUUACCUGCUUGAGCUUUCUGUGCAUGUGCAGGCCAGGGGUGUGGUUGUGAUGCCGUCUCUGCGUGCUGGUGCCUCUGUUCAUAGUGAGCAACAUCUAGUUUCCCUGGUGCCCUUCCUGGAGGUCCCCUUCCCCCAAUCCCCUGCCACGGUUGUCCUCCCUUUCCAGCAGGCUGCUCUGCCCGUCCCAUGUUAGCAUGGCUCUCCUCCUUUAUUUCAGACUGGAACCAAAGCUGGCCCAGCUGUCCAUGACAGGACAGGCUUUUGGGUCAAAAUGUGAGGGGGAGAGGGAUGGGCAGGAAAAAUCUUGGCGGAAGUCUUGGGUGUUGUGGUCAGCAUCAAGGAAGGGCCAAGGAAUCUGAAGCCAGAUCUUGGGACUGAGAUAGGAAUGUCACAUCUGUCUGUCCUAUCCCAGAUCCUGCAGA